GACGGUCUGUUAUUUCGUAGAAUACUCGAUCUAUCAACCUGUGUUACAUAAUUGCUCUCUUAAUUGAUUCUCAUGCUUUUGAUCUAGACAUAUUCUAUCAAGUCAUCGAAGGAGCAGAAAGAAAUUCUGGAUCAAACAGAACAACCCAUAAUCUACCGCCAAAAUGUCCGGUGAAGACGAUGAAGACGAUUACAUGAACAUGACGUUCCAAGAUCCAACUCCCGCCAAAGAAUCCUCGGUUCAGCGAGCUCAACGGCUGAAAAAGGAAUCACGCGCCCGUGGCAUCAUAAAAUCCAAAGCACAGCUCGCCCAGGAAGAAGUUGCCGCAAGAGAAAAGGCACUCUCAACCUCCAUGCUUGAAGAUCCGCGUUCAAAGAAGAGCAAAGGCCUUGCCAUGAUGGCUAAAAUGGGCUUCAAGGGUGGUGGUCUGGGAAAAAAGGCAGAAGACGGCGAAUCCUCUGGCAAAUCAGAGCCUAUCAAGAUCAGUAUGAAGGAGGAUCGCGGUGGCAUUGGCAUGGAUAGCGAGAAGAAGAGGAAGCUUCAAGAAGCCUUUGAAGAGAGGGAUAUCAAGACUGUCAAGAUCGAUCCUUUGGAGUACCGUGAGAGGAUGCGAAUAGAAAGAGAGGAUGCUAGGCUGGAAUCACAACUGCAUGCUGCACAACGAACGGCGGAGAGACUGGAUGAUGAGAAAGCUGGCUCAGGUACGAAUGAGCACUCAUCAGAAGAAGAAGCUUCAACUCCAAAGUCUAAACCACUAUCAUCACGACCGCUCAAGUCUAUUCCUGUGCUUUAUCGCGGCUUGAUUCGGCAUCGUGAAGAAAAGGAGCGUGAUCGACGAAUGAGGUACGACCUGGAGCAGUCUCUUUCGCGGUUACCGACGUAUGAGAAUGACGAUGAGGAUGAGGACGAUAAGAAAGCUCUGGGCAAGAAACAAGUUAUAUACUCAACUGCGGAUGACUUGGAUGAGGAAGAUGAGGAACUGGACGAAUUUAAUGCACUUGAACCUGGCACUAGACUAAGUCGUCUAGUUAUGUACUUGCGGGAGACACAUAACUAUUGUUUCUGGUGUAAAAUGGCAUAUCCAGAUGCAGAAAUGGACGGUUGUCCCGGUAUAACAGAGGAGGACCACGAUUGAUACAUUGGGAGGAUAGGAGUUUAUCUAGACUCUCAUAGCUAUUUCUUUGCUGUGCUAUAUUAGCGUAUUAGUAUUUGCUGCUGUC